AUUAUUAGAGUUAUCAAAAAAUCCGCUCAUUUGUGGCCAUCAAGUAUGGAAACGGUCGACACGAACAAUGAAUUACCGAAGUCUGUCAAAGUUAACGGCAGAUUCACGAACCCGUGGGGCACCUGGAGAAUGUACUCCAUGCGGAAAGCCGUCAAAUUCCUUAUGGAAACCAAUCACAGUAAUAUUCCCAAGAAAGUGGUUCUCAACCAAACCCUUCCGAUACUGAAACCCGACUUUAGCUACGAUGCGAACCGUAUAUCCAUGACAUGGAUCGGUCACUCGACUGCUGUCGUCCACUUCGAUGGCAUCACUAUAUUAACGGAUCCCAUGUUUAGUAGGCGGGCGUCGAUGAGUCAAUGGGUAGGUCCGGCCCGGUAUAGGAGGCCGGCCGCCACUGUCGACGAGUUGCCACAAAUCGAUGCGGUGGUCGUCAGUCACGACCACUACGAUCACCUCGACUUAGGCAGUAUCCGGGCGCUGAACGCCCGGUUCGGGUCACACCUACACUGGUUUGUGCCGUCAGGUCUGAAAGGGUGGAUGAGGGGGGCGGUGGGCGUCACUCGCAAUGUGGUAGAGCUCGAGUGGUGGCAAAGUGCUUGCAUACCGUCCAAACCGGACGUCCAGUUCGUGAUGACUCCGGCCCAACACUGGACGGGUAGGGGUCUGACAGAUGAGCGCCGGGUUCUGUGGGGCAGUUGGGCUGUCGUCGGACCAAAACAUCGAUUUUUCUUCGCCGGCGACACCGCCUAUUGUCCGGUGUUUAAGCAAAUCGGGGAAAUGUAUGGACCCUUUGAUUUGGCGGCUAUACCUAUCGGUGCAUAUGAGCCCCGGUGGCUGAUUGAGUCGGAACACGUUGACCCCGAACAGGCCGUCCAAAUACACGAAGAUAUUGGAAGUAAAUUGAGUGUAGGAGUGCAUUGGGGAACGUUCGCAUUGGCACAUGAGUACUAUUUGGAGCCACCGAUGAAACUGAAGACUGCGUUAAAAGAGCGAAUGGCUGCCAAAAAAAUAGCAGUGAUCGGCGCCGGCAACUCAGGUAUGGGUGCUUUUAAUGCCUGUCGGGAACAGAGCUUCGAUGUCGUGGUGUACGAGAAGACCGACCAGAUAUGCGGUCUCUGGCUGUAUAGGGAUGAGGAACUGGAAGGUAGCGCCUCCAUCAUGAGGACCACUAUAAUCAACUCGAGCAAAGAGAUGACUUCCUUUUCAAACUUUCCAGUGCCCGACCAUUUCCCUAAUUACAUGCAUAAUACGAAAAUGCAAAAUGGCGACUACGAGGAGACGGGCAAAUGGAGGCUAACGGUACACGACAUCAAUAACAACCGCGUAUUUCAAGAGGUAUUUGAUGGGGUAAUGGUGUGCACCGGGCAUAACAGUGUGCCAUCGAUGCCUACAUUCAAGAAUCAGCACAUAUUUAAGGGACUUCUCAUGCAUUCACACGCUUUCAAAGAUAAUAAAGCGUUUGCAGGGAAACGGGUGGUUGUUGUAGGCAUCGGUGGUUCCGGUGGAGAUACUGCCGUCGAGUUGUCUAAUGUGUGUCCAAAUGUGUACCUAUCGACUCGCACUGGGAGUUGGGUCACUUACCGUGUGGGCCAUAAGGGGAGACCACUCGCGAAUGCUACGGUCGAGGGGUAUAUGAAUAUGCGAUUUGACCACAAGCUGUAUGGACUCAAACCGAAGCGCCGGUUCUUUUCUCAGCGAGUCUUUGUGAACGACGAAUUGCCCAAAAAGAUAAUGACCCGGUCUGUUGCGAUCAAAGGGGACAUCCAGGAGUUCACCGAGAAUGGGGUCAUAUUUACGGGAGAACCGAAUGAAAGCCUAUGCGAUGCCGUCGUAUUCGCCACCGGAUAUCAGAUAUCGUAUCCAUUUCUGUCGGAAUCCGUGAUAUCCGUCAAGAAAUCGGAUUUCAAUUUAUAUAAAAACAUAUUUUAUGCCGACUUGAAGCACCCGCAUACCCUGGCAUUCAUUGGCAUUAUAGUGCCUAUGGGUGCUGUGCUACCUACAGCUGAGCUCCAGUCCCGCUAUUUUGCGCUAAUAAUGGCUAAUAAGUGCCAAAUGGCGACACAAAAGCAGAUGAUCCGGGAUAUUAAGCGGCAAACGAAAUGGCUUAAACAGCACUACCCGGACUGGGAAAGGCGUGCGCUGAACGUGUAUUACAUUAAAUACAUGGAUGAGUUGGCCAGCCUUAUGGGCGUCAAACCAAAUCUAUGUAAAUAUUUCUUCACUGACUUGAAGCUAUGGUUUCACAUGUAUUUCGGUCCCUGUGUUUCCUAUCAGUACAGGUUGACGGGUCCAAAUUCGUGGCCUAAGGCCAGAGACGCUAUACUUACGUACGGGUGGAAAGACAACUGGAAUAUAGCGACGGCUUUCAUAGAUAUGUUUGCGUGGAUUGGAUGGGCGUAUGAUAGGAGGCGCCCCACGGAGGCGGUGGUUAAGGCAAGAAUUGCCAGAACCGGUGAUUCCGAUCAAAAGUAUAACCGAUUAUCUGGUGUUUACCGAUUGAUGGAUAUUAUUACAGGACUGCCUGUACUCAGAACAGCACUGAAUAUGCCGUACGUCACGAAUAGGACAAACUGUAUGAUCUGUGCGACAGUUAUAUACCGUUUCCACCACAAGAACCGGUGGACAGUCGGUCCCAACGCCGACAACGCGUAA